GUGUCAUUGGCUUUGGCUGUCAUAAAAUAAAAUAUUGUUGUUGAUUCAUCACGUAUUUUAUUUGUUAAUAUCAAAUUAAUUUAUCUGUUCACUUUUACAUUAUAUUACUUCUUAAGUUACGUGGGAUAUUGUUAUAAUAAUAACAACACAAUGGGUUGUGAUGGCGGCACCAUUCCUAGGCGAGAUGAACUCGUUCGUAUGAAAAAGAAACCAGAGCAAAAAGACAAAGAUGCAGAGCGCUCCUUCAAGUGGCGCAACUGUGCACUGUCUCAGCAACCCCUGCAAGAGCCCGUGGUGGCGUGCGGGCUCGGUCGCUUGUACAGUAAAAGCUCCGUGCUGGAAGCCUUGCUUGACAAGGAAACCAAGCCUGAAUCCAUCAGCCAUAUUAAAAACAUGAAGGACAUCAAAGACCUGAAGCUAGUGAAGAACCCUGCCUAUGUUGCCACUGAGCACAUAGAUGGAGCUGUUGGUGACAGCUCACCCUACAUCUGCCCCAUCAGCGGAAUUGAGAUGUCUGGCAAGUUCCGGUUCGUGUUCCUGUGGAGCUGUGGCUGCGUGCUGGCUGAGAGGGCACUGAAGGAGGUUAAACAGCAUCUCUGUCAUAUGUGCCAAACACCUUUCACCGAAAAUGACGUCAUCAUCCUCAAUGGUACAGAAGAUGAUGUAGAGCUUCUCAAAGCCAAAAUGGCCACCCGCGUAGCUAACAGGAAAACCAAGAAAUCCAAAGUUGAUAAACCAGUCAAAACAGAAGCCACUAGCACAGUAACCUCAGACGCUCCCUCUACCUCAACCUCAACUGACAUCAAAGCUGAGGUAAAGGAAGAACCAGAAGCCGGAUCAAGUCACGCUGUCAAAAAAGAAAUUGAAACCAUUCCUCUAUCUCUCCCUAAGUAUAACCCCAACAAAGUACCUAGAGGUCACUUAGGGUCACAGAAGCGAGCAUUUGGUUCGAACGAUCUUGUACAAGACCCGUCAUACAAGAAGACAAAGAAGGAUUACAGCAUAGCAAAGGAUCCGCAGACGUCGGAGGUGUACAAAUCUCUGUUCACAUCGCACACAAGUGAUCAGAAUCAGCAGAGGGCCCAUUGGGUUACUUAUAAUCCGUUUUACAAUUAAGUUUUGUUUAGGUAACAAUUCGGAUGCAGCAUCAUAGAAAAUAUAGUUAAAAAUGUAAUAUAUUACCUCACUUUCCACACCUUCCUUGGUUUUUACUUUAAAAAAUUUGCUUAAUCACGUGGCUGCAGCCAGUUUAUAAAAUUGAUUGGAUUUUUUUUUGGCAUUUAGAAUAAAAUGCCUACAUGUGUAGUGAAUGUUGUUAUAAUGAAGGAAUAUUAUUGCUAAUUAAAUUAAAUCAAAGAACGUA